AUGGAUCGAAAGCAACGCAUAAUUAAAUACGGCUCUCUUGUCCACUUCUCAUGCGAGGAAGGAUAUAUUGCUGCGUCAGGACUGGAAGCUGAGGACCUGUUCAUCCGUGAAAAGAAUGACACCGAUAUCGAUGAGGAGCCGCUGCCCCUGCUGGGGUUUGAAACCAGCGUCUUUCGGAUUGAAGCACCCGCGUCAAGCCUUGCAGCAAAGGCACAAGAGGCGGUAGCGGAUCGUUUUAGCAACAAUAACACGCUUCUUAUGGAGCACUUCAGCAACAUCAACACGGCACCGGAGCUCAUGUAUGGGAAACCUUUUCUUCUUUUGCAUUCCGUCAGCCAGAUGUGCGUGGCGGUAUUUCCAUCAAAACCAUCCAAGAGUGAUCCUAACUGUGUGAGGCUUGUGCUUGUGAAGGCCGGGGAGGUUGAAUCGGACUUUUGUGAAUUUGUCGUGACGCCACGGUACAAAAUUCAUGACGAUGGGGAUCCCGUGUGUCGCGGCGAUGAGGUUCUCCUACGACUGGCUGCGUUUCCAAUUUUUGUACACGUUACGGGAAGGAAACAUCCAGGCUUGAAUACAUGGGGCAUGCCGUCCGAAGAAGACGGCUGCGAUAGUAGCAUCAACGCUUUUGAAAAGGGUUUGGCCGCCGGCAGAAUGGUCGAUGACUUGCGUUCAGAAGUAAACGGCUCAGAGGAAAGGGCGGUGGGUUUCGUGGUGCAGCGGUAUGACAUUGGGAGGGAUCAGGCAAACUAUCAACGUGCCCUUUACCACAUUGCCCGGCCAUACGUACCAUCCGGCGUGCCAGUCUUACUUUACCACCGCGAGCGCGAAAGUUUUCUCACGACAAGCCUCACGUCACAGCCAAGGCAGCAAAAGGAAUCUGAGGAGAACAAAAAAACAAUGGAGGCGAAUGUUGUGAGUGGGGGUGAUAAUGGAAUAAGCGGCGGCGCCUUGUUAACAAACAAAGAAAGCUCUUUUGUGGAGGGUGUUUUUGUAUCGAGAAGUGCCACACAGUUAGAAGGGAGCGGCAUCUCCACCCUUGAUACGCCGGAUGCAAAUGAUAAUACGGACGGUGAUGUUGACCAUACUGGGACACCGUUCCCGUUGUUGAUGAAGGACGAAACUUCGACGGGCUGUGUUUCUAACGAAGGGACUGCCUUAAACGACUUCUGGCGCAGUUGCACGGCCCUCUGGAUUUUGGAGAAUGAAAAUCCAACGAUAGGGGGUGCCGUGCGCAUGCGGUCUGUGAAGUAUCGUCUUCGACAGGCGUGUUCAAACAUGUAUUUGGCGGUUGCUGGCUCUGGUGUUGACGCAUUUUUUGAAGGUAAUGGAGAAAGCGAUUUUUCAGAAACGGUCGAUGGUAUGGGCGCGGCGGCGUUAGAAGAGGGCGGUGAUGCAGGCAGCAACAGUAGCCGGAAUCAAUUGAGGGCCGCCUCACUCUGUAUGAUACCACCACCACGCACCGCGAAGGAUUCGCAACGCACUCUCUUUACGUUAACUCCCAUGUUUUUUACCGAAUGCAACUUUCUUAUUGAGAAUGAUUGCUUGACGCUUCAAAAUGUGUUAACAGGAAUGUAUGUAUGCACACAAGAGGCGAGAGACCGCCUUUUUCUCCAGUGGCAACCAUCUGUCUCUGAUACCAUCACUGUGCGGAGUUCUCGUCAAGAGAUUGUGCAGGAUGUCAUGUUUCUGAGGUCACACUGCGAGAGACUCUGCCGGUAUCGUGAUGCCUUCCAGGCUUUGGCACGCUUAAAAAAUUCGCGACAUCCGUCUUUUCAUCGGGAUGGUGGAGGCUUGGAACCAUAUCCCGGAAAACACGAGAGUUCCGACUCAUGUGAGGAAAAUUUAACGCCUACGAGGGCGGCAUUUGUGCAGGGCGGCGCUCUUUCGACAGAUUUUGCUGUUUCCAGUUUAGGGCGUCAAACGAGGACUACUGAGACUCCGUACGCAGCGAUUCUCCCCGUCAUUUAUGCCUCUCAGAGUAGUUUGGAGGAACUCAUUCGUUUCUGUUCGUUAGCUCGCGUGCAUGACGCUCUCCGUCUUGACGGUAUUCCGAUCGUGCGGCGUCAGCGGAUGAUAUUUGAGUUAAAUAUCCACCGGCUUGUUAUGGACGUCAUUCUCACGCCCUUUUCCCUGCUACAGUCGGAGGAAACGGAUGGAAUGGGGGAUAAAACCAUGAGUGGAAUGCUCCCAUGGGGCUGCAGCCCACGAUUGCCACCGUUGCCUCUCAUGGGUGGUUUUUUUUGCAUGGGCGUUGCGUUGGAUGAUGCACAUUCAGAGGUGCACCUUGUUUGUCGCCUCGCCUUUCGAUUCUUACGUCAGAUGGUGCGCAAGGCAAAGAUGCUGAAGAAGUGGCUUGUUGAAUUCAUCCCAUACUUUUUGGAACUUGGGGGUUACCGCUUUCGUGUGUCUGACACAAUGACGGAGCUGUUUUCAGAAAACAACAGCGUUCCAAGACCAGUUGUGGAGUCUGUGGCGGACCACUUCAUUGGAUCUCUUCGCCGCGGACGCAGUGCAGGUCAUUUGAAUCUAUUGUCCUCCAUGUGCACCGUAGGAUUUAGCGGUAUCUUUGAGAGACAAGCCAUGGUGUGCCAGAAGCUUCUUGUUGAAAACAGCGAAUUGCUUUCUCGUUUUGUGCUGAAUCAAAAUGGGGAAUGGGCGGUUGUGGUGAAUGAGGGUGAAGCUCCUGUCGAGUGCGGUGCCCUUUUUGAAUUGACGCGGCCCCAGAAUUCCCAGCAGCAGCUGGGCUCCGAUGCGAAAUAUGCCAGGUUUUUACAGAGUGAAAUUCAAUUGCUUGGCUGUUUGUGCUUUGACGGCUGUCCCUCCAUGUGCUGUGCGGAGGUGGGGAGGGUGUUCCCACCAGAGGUGCUGCUUAGGGCCAUCCAAACAUUUGUCUGGACCGGCGCCGAGGUGAUGGGGUCUCCCAGCCCUUUGGAUCUGCUGCGCGGGCAUAUCUUGCGGCUUGCCGUGCAGUGUUACAUCAUGCCUCGUAUUGACGACCCCGCGGUGCAGUUGCGGGCGAGUACAGUGCUGUUUGGCUCCAGCUCUCUUCGUCUGAGGGAGGAGACGCAUCUGCCCAUCUCCGGCAAACCUGACGACGACCUCAUUUCUUCAGUGAAAGCGGCCGCGCUCAACAUCAUUCGUGCCAAUCCACACUUUGUACAGUCUGAUAUGAGUCGAAGCGUGCUGCUACGCGUGUCGAUAAACGCAUGGCUACGGUUGGUGAAGGCCCACCAGAUAUCUGUGCAGGAGAUGUGUGACCUUAUCCCCCCACUGCUAGGCCUUCUGGACGGCACCAAGGACAUCGUUGACGACAAUGCCAGCAGGGUCGCCGCGCACACUCUCACACGCCUUGAGGUGUCCGAGGCAAGCGUGCAAGUGAUGGAAACACGUGAGAUGAUCUGCAAUACACUCCUUCAGCUCCUGGAGACUGUGUCAAACCGUGUGGCAGACAACAUAAUAUUGCUCCUCUACGACGCCUUUGUCAAGGGUGGCAGUUUUCCACGCCGAAAAAUGUUCGUUCUGUUGGAUUUUGACGAAGAGCCCGUCCUUGACGCGAAAUAUGAUUUGCAUGUGUGGCCCAGCGAGGGGCAGGCCCUGCUAUGUGAGAAGGGCACAGGCCUUCUCCACCGAGUCCGGGGUAAAUAUCAGUCUGUUGACAUAACCGAUGAGGCGCAGGAGAUGGACAGUAACCGCAUCGACUCAAAGGAGGUUGUGGAGCUGUUGGGACGUGUGUGUAAAAGUAUCAUGUUGCGGUUUCGCGUGAAGGAACUUGUCCCGCUGCUCAUGGAUCUUACCCGCUAUGAAAGCCAGCAACUAACAGCACGGGCAACAGAGUUGCUGAUUCGCCUUUGUGUGGUGAAGCGAACCGUGGCGCACCGUGUGCUGCAGGUGCAUACGUUACCCUCUUCUGAGGUUGUACGUAGUUUUGACCACCUCUACACCGUUGCUGUGAACACCCUCACGUUAGAACGACGUGGAUGCUUUGAUGAGGCCAUCGCGUUUGCCCUCUCGAAUAUUGAGGAACCUGAGGGAACACACGACGACUCCGUUCCUUCUGAAGAGUUGGAGGAGGAAUAUUUGAUUGAGGAUGAUGGCAGUGAUGAUGAGGCUGGUGGUGAUGAUGGGGGAGCUGGUGCAGAUCAGGCUGGAAAGGAGGCACACGGCGGGCGUCAUCUUUGGGGAAAAACUGCCGGGGCUGUGCGUGUGUUAGCGUACCAUAAUGCGGUGCGCCGUCGCCGCCGUUCAGUCGGACUCAGCGAGAAUUCUGAAUUGCCGCUGCGUCUUAUUGUCCGCAUGGAAUUGGUGUGUCAUUGGGGUAUUCAUAUUCCACUCAUGCGAAUGCACGCGAGCAUUGAUCCCAACAGUCGAGCGUUCUUCCAAUGGAUGCGUUUCUUUUACCUUUUUACGUUUGUGCGAGGCAACGCAAGAAAAUUGCUGGGAAGCAUUGAUUUGUUCAUGCGCUCUCUUAACCUUAAAAAGGAGUGCACCGUCAUGUGUCUUCACAUCAUUGUCGCCAUCUUUGCUUCCGUCGCCGAUCCCACCCCAUACCUCAGUAACACGUUCCUCACGGAAUGUGUGAAAUAUCUGGAUAGUGAGGUGUCGACGCGUCACGCAGAUGUGGACUUUCUUUCGCGGCUGAGUAAUUAUGUGUUUUCCAAUCCCGCCGUGGGCGGCGUGCCACGGCGACGUAUGAUGCAGCUUCUACGCGACUACAAUAUACUCCGUUGUUUGCCGCGCCCUGGUGGGGUUCAGGUGUCACCAGUGCGAUGUGAUUUUAUCGCCUCCAUGGUCGAGCUGCUUUGUCACAUCUGCAACUGCCCGACGAGCGCGCUGGCGAUGGGACAGAGAGCCCUUCCGAUGCAAGAUAUCUUUGCCAUCAUCUUGGAGUAUGGCUCCCUCUACAGCCCGCUGCACCGCAAAAGUUACCAUCAACGCGACGAAUUGGAACGAAAACAAUUCCAGCUUGUGGGUACAUACUUACGUGCCCUUGUCCUACUGUACAUCACCGCUGAGAGGGAGGAGGGUGGCCAGGGGAAGGAGAUGAUUAAGUUGGAGUGGAUGGCAAACCGCGAGUGGUGGGCCGUUGUGGAGAUGUUAACCAGACAGUUGCACGGAAUCACGGAGCUUAUUUUAACCAAUAAGGGGAAGGUGGUAAACCGAGGGAUUCGUGUAAUACAACGCUACCGGCAUGUAUGGCUUAUGUCGUUACCCGUCGCAUUGCUGACAUUUUUCUCCGCAUGCUUUUCAGAGGCGGGCUUUUAUCGAUAUCAGGACUCAGUGGGAGUCACCUUUGCGGUCAUGUGCAGCAGCCUCAUGGAAUUUUCCUCCAAUCUUAUUUCAAAUUCGGACGCCCUUGAGUUGAGUGUUCAAGAGGCUGUGAACUAUCGCCGUCUUCUGGGCCUGCUUCAUAUGCAGACUGCUAACAUUGUUGGAUUGGAAACCCUCUCGAGUCAAUUGGAGAUCGUCCGCGACCAAAUUCUUCACUGGCUGCUCCAGCGCGAGAGGUUAAGCAAAGCGGAACGACAAGGACAAGGUGGUGGCUGGGAAGAGAGGGCACGCAGCAGUGAUUUUGACGAAUAUUCAAGCCCACAUGACACGCUCGCUAUUGGGGAGGGCGUGUCCCAACGCAUACAGGAUUCUCUUGGCGAUUCUUUUUCUGCGAGACUAUUUCUCUCCAGUGGUGUAUCGAGAUGUCGUGAGUUGGAGGCUACACGCAGUGCCCUUCGUACAUUUGUUAAGAGCGAUGUAUUGAUUCCAAUAGAGGAUAGCUUGGAAAUAGGCGAAGCCGCAAAUGUGGUGAAUGCGUUGCUCUGUCGCAGUUCUGCUCUGUCGGGUGUUCGUGGCUUUGUUUGGAGUGCACUGGAUGGCAUGCGAAAGCGAUACUUUAGCCCCAUGGCGCUUGUAGGCCUUUUGAACCUUUUCUACAAUGCUUUGUAUGCGAGUUUCUAUGUCAAGGAAUCUCCGCCAUUACAGGCGGCAGAAGGUGCAGGGAAGAACAGCACGGAAAGGGAGGACACCUGGAAUCUUCUGCAGCUUACCUUCACGGACCUUGGCAUGUCAAAUGUGGUUGCAUCACUGAGUGUAAAGGACGAUGAUGUGAUUACGUACAGUUCCAUUCGCCUCAGUGUGAUGCUCCUUGAGGGUGGCAACACACGGGCACAGUAUGCACUUUUAAAAGACUUUGGAGCACACCAAGUAAGAUUUUUCCAUAACAUUCGCGAGUUGCUGCAAAAAUCAUUACAAUGGGUGCGGCAAAUUAACUUGCAGCAGCAGCUUGUCAUUUUGGAGUGUGGUGGGACUCCGGUGGGCUCCAACUCCACACUUUUCACAUCUGCGCUGUUUGCCGCGGUACUUAAAUCAUCCUCGUAUCGGAAAAAAAGUGAACGCAAUGGUGGGAAAGAGAAACACAUUUUGGGUUGGGAUCGUGUAGAAGGCUGUAUGCGGUUGCGACUUCUCCACGCCUUGUUCCGCAUGCUGCAACUUUUCUGCGAAGGCCACAACCUCGGCAUGCAAAAUUAUAUUCGUUUCCAGCACGAUAAUAUGCAUAGUGUAAACAUUGUCCAUGAGGUCCUGUUGCUUCUCGCAGAGCUCUCUGGAAUGACGCACGGUGCCACGGUCGAUGUGAUACGUGGGGGUUUUGAGUUGUUAACGGAGUUAUGCCAGGGUCCAUGCCACGAAAACCAGACGGCGCUGCUGAGCUACGAUGUUUGUGUGACGAUGUGCGGUCUUCUUGACGUGUUGAGUAAAUUGGAGAUCAUUGGCACCCGGACGGCCCCAGAAAACAACUCGAGGAAUAUGAAUACGGAAAUGGGCAUUACCAAUACUACUAAUACUAAUGGUACAAGGUUAACUGAAAGCUUCAUGAACGGUGUCGUAUCGCAACGUGGUCUAAAGCUUACCAGAAAGGCAGUUGAUUGCCUCCGCGUGUCUCUCACCACAUUUCUGUUGUCUCUUAUUGAAGGAUGCCGCUCCCCUGAAACCUUCCGCCGUGUUCUUGCACAGAUUCCCAUUGAAAUCAUUGAACACCAGCUUUCCAUCGCUACCCCGGAGAUGUGCGAUCGUAUUCUUGAGGAUGAGACGCUUGAGGAUGAUCCGACUGUUGCGGCACUCUUCAACUGGCUCAUCUUUCUUCAUAUUGUGCGGCCCUUUGCGGAUGGGCUCUACCUGCAACACAUUGAUGAGUUGCUGCGUCGCACCACGAGGCUUAGGGAGCGUCUUGGCCGUAUUGAGAUACGACGGGACGAUGGGUUGCUUGAGAAGGUCUUUUUUUGCAUCCCUUCAAUUUGUCGCGGACUCUCUCAGAACAUUAAGGACGAUGUACUCUGGAGCGUCAAUCGCACAAGUCGGGCGACGAAGUUGGGCGAUUUUUUACAUCAGAGCGAUAACUUGAUCUUUGAGGUGGAGAGGGCGCAUGACUUUCAGCGCUGGGUGGCGCGGUGGACGCGAUUUACUUUGACCACCACCGACACCGCCGUAGAGAAGGAGAAUGAAACGGAUACGGAGGGGGUGAUGGAAGAAAAAAAGGUUCGAUUCUACUCGUUAAAGAAGUGCUGGAAUCGUUUUAUGGCGCCAUUUAUCUUUUCCUCCCAACUCUCUUAUUACGAAUAUGCCUCCAUCCUAAUCGCAGUGCUUAUUAACAUUGGACUCAUCUCGGUUGAGGGGGCGAAGUGGGAUUGGGCCACGGUGCAAGUUUCAGAACUCGCCAUCACGUGUCUUUGCGUCCUACAGUUUGUGCUUUCCUGUGUGACUUUAUGCAUGGACGCCGUCGUGUUUUUUCCUGCAUGCCUGUACAAGGAGUACAGGCGGAAAGAACACAUGAGGUUGGGAAUUGCCAAGCUGAAUGCGACGAUGCGGGAGGUCUUUGAUGGACUAACAAAAGGAGAAGUGGUGUACCACUUCCUUACACGCUUUACGAUUCAGUUUCGUCUUUUUCUUGUUGUGACGGCGGCGUUGAGCCUUUUGGUGUCGCGGUACUUUGCUGCCGCCCACCUUCUUUUUGUUAUCUACAAAGUGCCCACCCUAUGUACCUUCAUCAACGCCAUUACGCAGAAUGGGAAACAGCUCCUGUUGACAGCCUUUCUUGGGGUUGUCGUGUUGUACCUUUUUGCCAUUGUUGGCUACCUUCUUUUUCCGCGGCAGUUUGACAGCUCGGAUGGACCAGAAAACGGGAACUGCGUCAAUCUCUUUCGGUGCUUUUUAUUCAUUCUCUGGCAGGGACUUCGACAGGGUGGUGGUGUUGGCGACAUCAUGCAGGAGGAGUCAUGGUCGAGUAGCACUCUUUUUCCACGUGUCAGUUACGAUUUGGUUUUCUUUGCUCUUGUUAAUGUCGUGUUUCUGAACAUCAUGUUUGGUCUCAUCAUUGACACAUUUGGCGAGUUGCGUGACGCCAAACGUGAGAAGGAGCUCGACAUGAAAAGCACAUGUUUUGUGUGUGGCCUGGAGGCAGACGAAUUUGAAAGGGCCCAUGUCGGAGGAUUCAGGGCGCAUGUAGUGCAUGAGCAUAACAUGUGGAUGUAUUUCUACUUUAUGCACUACCUGCGGCGCAAGGACCCAAACGAUUUCACCGGGCAGGAGUCGUAUGUUGAUGAAAGGAUUCGGCGAGGUGAUCUUGGCUUCUUCCCAGAGGAGGACUCUCUUUCCCUGGGGAAUGGCGGAAGGGAGGAGGACGCUGCGGCUGGUGCACAGAAAGAUGUCUCAGGGAUGGACGAGGAGGGAUGUGCCACACGGCCGGGACGUGAGAAGGCACCGGCGGCGGGGAGUGGAGCGGCGAACGGCCAGGAAGUGGCGCUGACGCUCAAGGAGCUGGCUGGUGUGAAGGAGGCGCUCAGUGCAUUUGUCCGUGACGUGAGUGCGGAUGCUCAGAAGGUGAAGUCAUUGCUUCAACAGCUGGAAAUCAUGAGUCGCGGUGCUCAUGUCAUGUCCCUUGGCGGAGGCACAGCGAAUGACCCAGGAUCUACCUCCGGCACACGUCUUAGCAGAGGGGAGGGGUCGAAAAGUUCACUGCGACGCUCCAUAGGAGAAGGCAGCAAAAAUUAA